CAAAGGAGAAAGAAGACUGCACCAACGGGUAGUGCCUACUGUGUUGAGCUCAGCAAAUGUAGAACGCAAAGGCNAGAUGUUCGGCGCUUGUGUCCAGACAUAUCAUUCUUUCAACAGGCAACUGAAUAUCCUUGUGACAUAGUGGUACAUAGCAAAGGAGAAAGAAGACUGCACCAACGGGUAGUGCCUACUGUGUUGAGCUCAGCAAAUGUAGAACGCAAAGGCUUAGGAAUGACAAAGCAGAUAAAUCUCAUAACGAAGCGUUCCAAUGAAAACUACGCGGCAAUGGAAGAAGGACAAGAAGCACACUGGGAAGUAGUGCAACGCAUACUCUUCCUUUAUGCUAAGUUAAACCCCGGACAAGGAUAUGUUCAAGGCAUGAAUGAGAUUGUAGGUCCAAUAUAUUAUAUUAUGGCCUCUGAUCCCGAUCUGGAAUACAGAAAACAUGCGGAGGCUGACUGCUUUUUCUGCUUCACCGCAUUAAUGAGCGAAAUUCGUGACUUUUUCAUUAAAACACUCGAUGAUUCGGAAGGUGGUAUUAAAUUUAUGAUGGCGAAAUUGGCUAAGAUGUUGAAUGAUAAAGAUCCUGAAGUGUAUUUUAAAUUAAAAGAGCAAGAACUACAUCCGCAAUACUACAGUUUUAGGUGGAUAACUCUACUGCUAUCACAAGAAUUCCCACUACCAGACGUGGUUCGCAUAUGGGAUUCCGUUUUUGCAGAUGAGCACCGAUUCGAAUUUUUGAUAAGAAUAUGCUGUGCAAUGAUUUUAAUUCAAAGAGAAGUAAUUCUCCAGAACGACUUUGCAUCAAACGUUAAACUGCUACAAAACUAUCCACCUAUUGAUAUUAAUGUAGUCCUGUCGCAUGCGGUUUCGUUGCAAGGAUAGCCGUUUCCAUUAAUUCUUCAAAUAAGAAUGCACACCCCAGCCAAUUUUUAUACUCUCUUAUAAAGAUCAAUAUUUAGAGUUAAUACAAAAAUAAAUUUUUUUAUCCUCUAAGUAUUAAUUAUAAUUUUUUUUACGCAAGUAAA